GGGCCUGGUGCAGCGGCCGCGUCUACUUGAGUUCCUGCAGGUCAUUCUUGCUAGUACCGAGUCUGGUGCUGGCGGAGCACCGGUCCGUCGUGUAUGUAACCAAAAAGGUAGCGUCUUCGUCUUCGUCUUCGUCAAUGUAGGACAUCACCAGCAGUAGAUCUACUAAUUCACUCAGCGCCAGCAGGUGCAGGGGGUCGGUUCUGUUUCUGUCUUCGAUUUCGUGAGGGACAAUAAGACUGGGACUGUUCUUCGGUGAAUUCUGAAAUAUCUUCUAUAUCAUGGACCUCUCCCGCAUUCGUGUUAUCAGCUUGGACGUGACAGGCACCCUGCUCCGUCACCGCCACCCGAUUUUCGAAACCUACGCGCGGGCCCUCGCCUGGGCGAAGUUUCCGAGGCUGGCAACCCCUGAGGAAUUGCGACCGGCGUUCAAAAAGGCCUACAAGAAGACCUGUCUGGACCUUCCGUGCUUCGGCCACGCUGCUGCCUUGAGUUCCCGCGAGUGGUGGCGGAGAUGCGUGGAAACCUGCCUCGCAGAGGUGGGAAUGCGAAAAAAUAUCGACUAUACGGUAUCCUGUUGAAAAACGUUACCGCCCCAGAGUUCUUGUCAUGCAGAUUUGCGAUUACCCCAAAAAUGCGUGCAUUUGCAUUCCCAGUCGUGUUUUGGCAUUUGUGAUGCUGCAAACACGAUGGACAGAUGGAUUGUAAUGCGGUUGCCCUUGCUAACAUGCACUACUCUACGGAGAAGUGCAACUUGUCAUGUGUGCUGGCUCCCAAAGCCAAAACUUUUGGAUUUGUGUUGCUAAGUUCUCAACUUGACCAGGGGCUGCUGGGGACGUUUUUGCACAUGAUACACGGACGCCGAGUUCAACCGUUUCUUCCGCCGCGUGUACCAGCACUACGGCUCUGCGGACGGGUACGCGCACAUGUCUGACGCCGUGCCGUUUCUAAAAUGGGCUGCUGGGUGUGCGAGGGCAACAUCAAAAUUAUCAAAGCGGCAAGAUGAGCAUGAGCAAGGGCCUGUACUAAACAGAAGUACAACCAGGUCCUCCUCGUCUCCGGCGACGCAACUGCCGCACCAAGAAAGAGCCUACUACAAAAACCCGGCGUUCCUUCUCGGUGUGACAACGAAUACACCAAAACGGACGAUGGAGAGCGUGCUGCCCGUCAUGGGGUUGCACGAGUUUUUCCACUUUUUCGUCUGCAGCCAGGACGUCGGCGCGGAAAAGCCGGACUGCGGGAUUUACGAGGAAGCCGAGAACCAGAUGAAGUUCUGGCUGGGACGAACCGUGAAACCAGAGGAAAUAUUGCACAUCGGGAACAACGUCAUUCCGGAUUUUCUCGCGCCGGCCUUGAACCAUCAGUGGAAAGCGCUGUAUUUAGAUCGUAGCGGGGAUGCAAAUGUGACGGUGUGCCAGGAUUGGCUGGAAUUCGAGAAGAAAGAAAACAGAAGAAACAAAGACUCGACAUCUUCGCUUGGUGGAGGUGGUGCCGGAGUGAGAAGCGAUGCACGCAGUUGCAGUGUGGAUCAGCAUGAGAUUGAAAAACUGCUACCAGCGUGCACGGUAAAAAGCUUUGAGGAGGUGAAAGACCGACUUCUGCUGGUGGCCCAGCCAGAACUACUAGAAGGGGAAGUAGGAAACGAAAAGAGUGGUCGCGCAUUUUUUACGUCUGGUUUCCAACGUGAUUUCAUCAUGGUGCGUUUGCUGCGGAAAAAAAAAGUGAUGUAUGCUGUUCUUGCCUGUUAG